CUUACAUGGCCACACGACGUCAAGAGACAAGAUCGAGGUGGGGAUGUAUGAACUGCCGCAAACGCCGCAAGAAAUGCAGCGAAGGCCGACCUAGCUGUCAACUCUGUACAGAGCGGGGUGUGGAAUGUAUCUACCCCGACUGGACCGUAGUCAAAUAUGCUCGGACUCGACAACGGAGGAUACAGCUUCAAGAAGCCAAUAUCGGUCGGCCAUCUGCACGGCCAACAUUGCUUCCAGCGCAACCAAGCAACCCCGAAUCGCGAUUUAUCUUUCAUUUCAACACCAUCUUAGCCGGCCUGAUCAGUUUCUCGUUUCCACAGAUGGGUGCUCAAAAUCCGUUUUUACAGCAUGUUCUACCGCGAACAUCCAAUGCUGCCCAGGUCCGGUACGCCGUAGAAGCCGUUGCUGCGGGUCAUCUCUAUCAUCUUGGUGCCGAGUCUGGAGAUCGAGCGACCCAGCUACAUUCAAGAGCGUUGAAUCUCCUCGCUGUGGAAUUGUCGCGCCCGCAGCUCGAGGAGACCUCACGUAUGAACUUGCUUGCGAGUAGUCUCCUCUUGAUAUACUUUGAGAUUGUACUGGGAAACUCCGCAAGCAACGCAUGGUGUCACCUCCGGGGCGCAAAGGUGUUAUUAGAAUGCAACCGUGCCGACCCCGAAUCCCCAUGCAUGUUAUUCUUCCGGAAGAUCUUCCAGUACUUCAACGUGAUGCUCGCGCUUUCCCUGGAAAUACGUCCUCUUCAGAUUAACGCAGACUCUGGGUCCGACUUCAGCGACAACGUGGACACAGUCUUUGGUUGUACUGCUAGCCUUUGGCCACUCAUGCAUCAUCUAGCCGAUCUUAUGGGUCGCGCCCGCCUAGGAGAUGACAUAACCGAAGAUAGUAAACAUUUGAUGGCCGAAUUACAUGCGUGGUCGAUUGAAUCGUCGUUUGGCACUGACGCCUAUGCCGAGGCAAUGGUUCAGAUUGCACGAUCCUACAAAUUCUGUGGACUUUUGAUGCUUCGUCAGGCUGUUCAUGGCCAAAAACCUAAGCACCACAAAAACUCUACCCUUCAAGGCGACGAAGAGUAUAGGUCAGCUUUUGACAGUGUCCUCCGCGUGUGCGUUUUGUCUCUACCGAUGGCUACGUUGACUUGGCCGCUGUAUGUGGUUGGAAAGCUAGCCUCUUCGACUAGUGAUCGUACUGUCAUUCUGCAUAUAUUUUCGCAUUUUCUGGAGAAACAUCAUAUGAAGGUGGUCGAUGGAGCUCGGGCUGCUGUACAGGCACAUUGGGAGGGACGGAGGCCUAGUUGGCACCAAUCGGCGCCUGUGCUGCUUGGUUGA